AUGCCACAACAGCCGCUGCACAAGCUGCUCUGCGUGUGCCACAUUGUCAGCUACUUCAAUGGCCAAAAGUGGAUCUGCCAGCUGCUGUGCCUCUACAAUCUGCGCUACGAUGAGGCCACACAGCGCUUUGCCCUUGGACAGCAGCUUCUCGUUUAUUGUGGCUACAUCUGUAGCCUGUGGAGCGCCAUUAUCCUGCUCGGAUAUAUAGAUGCUGACUUUUGGAUAAUGGACAGAUACAAGAUCUAUGUGUAUGCCUUGCCCGGCAUCUAUUAUGCGCUGCUGAGGAGAUCAUUGCUGCAAAUACUCAAUGAUAUGUUGCACGUCCAUCGAGGGCUGCAGCGCACCAUGGGCCUGCUCUUUUGUGUGGCCGUAAAGAGAGCUUUCUGCUGGUCCUGUCUAAUAACCGUGGAGCUGCUGGCCAUCUUUUAUUGGCAACUGUCAUCGGAGGAGUACCCCCAGUACGUUUUCCUGCUUAUUUUCCUGCUCUGCUGGUAUUUGCAGAUACUUUUGCAUGUUAAUUGCUACAUUUGGCUGCAGUCCAUCUAUGUGGUGAUGCUUCAGGCAUUUGUGGCGCCACUAGACUACACAGAAAAGUGGAUUAUGAUGAUCAAAUUGCUCCGACAUCAGCGUCGUUUAAGACGGAUACAACGGGAUGUGGCCUAUUGUUUUAGUGUGCAUAUUCUCUCGGUUUUGGUCCUCAUUUCGGGCACUUUCGUUGUGAAUUUUACGCUGUUUGAGCCUGUCUUUGAGGAGCAUCGGGAAAGGGUUGUGCUCCUGGCCUUUGAGGUUAAGCAGCUGAGUUUUGUAGCAAAUGUUUGCCUACUGAUCUGCAGCCUCUUUCUUGUAAUAAAUGAUUUCAAAAUCGAAAGAAAUCGUUUCUUCGAGAGCCUAUGGAAUACAUCGCAGCCGUGCCACAAGAGAAUCUUGGACUGCAGGAAAUCCCAUAGGUAUCAAAGUCGCUACGAACAGACGCUGGAUGUAAUAGACCUGCUGUUCGACUUGCAGUUGGAGUUCCUGUCGAAAGUCGAGAGUUUAGAGGCCUCUCCUGCCAAAUGGGUCAACAACGAUAGAGCCAACUUCUAG